UCACCAGCUGGAGCAGCCCUGUCAAGAUGGCUAUCCACCACAACAACAUCCUCGCCAACCCCCACUUCCGCAAGGACUGGCAGCGUCGGGUCAAGGUCUGGUUCGACCAGCCCGGUGCCAAGAAGCGCAGACGUAAUGCCCGAACGGCCAAGGCUGCCGCCCUCGGUGCUCGUCCCGUCAAGUCGCUCCGACCCGCUGUUCGUUGCCCCACCCUCAAGUACAACACCAAGCUCAGGGAGGGCAAGGGAUUCUCGCUCGACGAGCUCAAGGCCGCUGGCAUUGGCAGGAAGGAGGCGCGCUCUGUUGGUAUCCCCGUCGACCACAGGAGGAAGAACCGCUCGGAGGAGGGCUUGAAGCUCAACGCUGAGCGAGUCAAGGCAUACCGCGAGCGCCUCAUCGUCGUGCCCCGCCACAGCAAGAAGAACAAGGGCAAGAAGCCGGAUCUCAAGAACGUUUCGACCGUUCGCGACACAGCUGCUGCUUUCCCCAUUCCCGCUGGCGUUGUCGCCGAGGCGCCCCGUGCCAUCACGGCCGAGGAGAAGGAUGUCGAGGCCUUCCGUACCCUUCGCGACUCGCGCGCUCAGCACCGUCAAGCCGGUGCCGUUGCCGCUCGUCUCAAGAAGAAGGAAGAGGCAGAGGCUGCUGCCAAGAAGUAAUCUUCUCUCCCUUCUUCUGUUCUUGUCGCUUACCUUCGCUCACCCGCGAGCAAUCACUUGUACUCAUGCCAAACCCCCCCGGCGCGCUC